UCAUUAUUCAGCAAACAAAGCCUUUUCAGAGAUUUCUGCAUCGUGGACGUUUUCUCGGCGGUUUUGCACCAAAUUUGUUGCGGCAGCAAGGCCAGAGAGUUUGCCUUGACUCCCCUCACUACCAAAAUAAAUGCACAGGGCAGGAUUGUUCCACUGAGCAGCCGUGACCGGGGAGAGAGGAGAAGGAAGGAGAUGGUACGUGCCGACAGCUCGAAAGUGAUUGCGGGGAGGAUUGCUAUGUAUGAGAGAGUUCAGGGGGGAAACGGGAGCAACUCGCUCAGGCAGCCAGGGCUGCCACGAUGGCGAGAGCCAAGCUGAAGAAUUCCCCUUCAGAGAGCAAUGCCCACGUCAAAACCGUCCCAGCAGGCACGACAGAAGAUGUGCACGGGGUGAGCCCCUUGUUACCGUCUCGGAGGAUGGGAUCCAUGGGGAGUGAUGUCGGACAAAGGCCUCACGCCGAGGAUUUCAGCGUGGAUUCCUCCUUCUCACAGGUGCAGGUCGAGUUCUACGUGAAUGAAAACACCUUCAAGGAGCGGCUGAAGCUCUUCUUCAUCAAAAACCAGCGAUCGAGCCUGAGGAUCCGGCUCUUCAACUUCUCCCUGAAGCUGCUGACGUGCCUGCUGUACAUCGUGCGUGUGCUGCUGGACAGCCCCGAGGAGGGCAUCGGCUGCUGGGAAUGUGAGAAGCAGAAUUACACAGCCUUCAACCAGUCCACCAACAUCAACUGGUCCCACAUCUUCUGGGUGGACAGGAAAACCCCUCUGUGGGCUGUGCAGGUCAGCAUCGCCCUCAUCAGCUUCCUGGAGACCAUGCUGCUCACCUAUCUCAGCUACAAGGGGAACAUCUGGGAGCAGAUUUUUCGCAUUUCCUUCGUCCUGGAGAUGAUCAACACGGUGCCAUUCAUCAUCACGAUAUUCUGGCCUCCUCUGCGGAAUUUGUUCAUUCCUGUGUUUCUGAACUGCUGGCUGGCCAAGUACGCCCUGGAGAACAUGAUUAACGAUCUGCACCGAGCCAUCCAAAGGACACAGUCAGCCAUGUUCAACCAGGUGCUCAUCCUCAUCUGCACCCUCCUGUGUCUCGUUUUCACGGGGACCUGCGGCAUCCAGCACUUGGAAAGAGCAGGUGAGAAGCUCUCCCUCUUCAAGUCCUUCUAUUUCUGCAUCGUCACCUUUUCCACCGUGGGCUACGGAGACGUGACACCAAAGAUUUGGCCUUCCCAGCUGCUCGUGGUGAUCAUGAUCUGCGUGGCCCUGGUGGUGCUGCCUCUCCAGUUCGAGGAGCUCGUGUACCUGUGGAUGGAGCGGCAGAAGUCGGGGGGCAACUACAGCCGGCACCGCGCGCAGACCGAGAAGCACGUGGUGCUGUGCGUCAGCUCCCUCAAGAUCGACCUCCUCAUGGACUUCCUCAACGAGUUCUACGCCCACCCUCGCCUGCAGGAUUACUACGUGGUGAUCCUGUGCCCCACGGAGAUGGACAUCCAGGUGCGGCGCGUGCUGCAGAUCCCCCUGUGGUCCCAGAGGGUCAUCUACCUCCAGGGCUCUGCCCUCAAGGACCAGGACCUGAUGAGAGCCAAGAUGGACAAUGGAGAAGCUUGCUUCAUCCUCAGCAGCCGGAACGAGGUGGACAGAACAGCAGCUGACCACCAGACCAUCCUGAGGGCCUGGGCUGUCAAAGACUUUGCUCCAAACUGUCCUCUCUAUGUUCAGAUCUUAAAGCCAGAAAAUAAAUUCCAUGUCAAGUUUGCAGAUCACGUUGUGUGUGAGGAGGAGUGUAAAUACGCCAUGCUGGCACUGAACUGUGUCUGCCCUGCCACCUCCACCCUCAUCACGCUGCUGGUGCACACCUCCCGUGGCCAGGAGGGCCAGGAGUCUCCGGAGCAGUGGCAGCGCAUGUACGGGCGCUGCUCGGGCAAUGAGGUCUAUCACAUCCGCAUGGGGGACAGCAAGUUCUUCAUGGAGUACGAGGGCAAGAGCUUCACCUACGCCGCCUUCCACGCGCACAAGAAGUACGGUGUCUGCCUGAUCGGGAUCCGCAGGGAGGAGAACAAGAGCAUCCUGCUGAACCCCGGCCCCAGGCACAUCAUGGCAGCCUCGGACACCUGCUUCUACAUCAACAUCACCAAGGAGGAGAACUCUGCCUUCAUCUUCAAGCAGGAGGAGAAGCAGAAGAAGAAGGGCUUUGCAGGCAGCUACGACGGCCCCUCCCGGCUGCCCGUGCACAGCAUCAUCGCCAGCAUGGGUACAGUGGCCAUGGACCUGCAGAACACCGAGUGCCGCCCUGCCAACAGCAGCAAGCUGGCCCUGCCCGCCGAGAACGGCUCGGGCACGCGGCGGCCCAGCAUCGCCCCGGUGCUGGAGCUGGCCGACACCUCCUCCCUGCUGCCCUGCGACCUCCUCAGCGACCAGUCUGAGGACGAGAUGACGCAGUCGGACGAGGAGGGGUCAGCAGUGCUCGAGUACGUGAAGGGCUACCCCCCAAACUCGCCCUACAUCGGGAGCUCCCCGACCCUGUGCCACCUGCUGCCCGAGAAAGCCCCGUUCUGCUGCCUGAGGCUGGACAAGGGCUGCAAACACAACAGCUUUGAGGACGCCAAAGCCUACGGCUUCAAGAACAAGCUGAUCAUCGUUUCUGCAGAGACAGCGGGGAACGGCCUCUACAACUUCAUCGUCCCGCUGCGCGCCUACUACCGCUCCCGCAAGGAGCUCAACCCCAUCGUGCUGCUGCUGGACAACAAGCCUGAGCACCACUUUCUGGAGGCCAUCUGCUGUUUCCCCAUGGUUUACUACAUGGAGGGCACCAUUGACAACCUGGACAGUUUGCUGCAGUGUGGCAUCAUCUACGCUGACAACUUGGUGGUGGUGGACAAGGAGAGCACCAUGAGUGCUGAGGAGGACUACAUGGCAGAUGCCAAGACCAUUGUCAAUGUCCAGACCAUGUUCAGGCUCUUCCCCAGCCUCAGCAUUAUCACGGAGCUGACCCACCCCUCCAACAUGAGGUUCAUGCAGUUCAGAGCAAAGGACAGUUACUCGCUGGCCCUUUCCAAGCUAGAAAAGAGAGAGCGAGAGAACGGCUCCAACCUGGCCUUCAUGUUCCGGCUGCCCUUCGCCGCCGGGAGAGUCUUCAGCAUCAGCAUGCUGGACACGCUGCUCUACCAGUCGUUCGUGAAGGAUUACAUGAUCACCAUCACUCGGCUGCUGCUGGGCCUCGACACCACGCCGGGCUCCGGGUACCUCUGUGCGAUGAAGAUCACUGAGGAUGACCUGUGGAUCCGGACGUACGGGCGCCUCUUCCAGAAGCUCUGCUCCUCCAGUGCCGAGAUCCCCAUCGGCAUCUACAGGACGGAGUCGCACAUGUUUGCCACCUCCGAGCCCCACGACAUCCGAGCGCAGUCACAGAUCUCAAUCAAUGUUGAGGACUGCGAGGACACCAAGGACGUCAAGGAGCACUGGGGCAUCAAGACGAGCCACCACCGCAACUCGUGCUCCAGCGACCAGUCGGAGCACCCGCUGCUGCGGCGCAAGAGCAUGCAGUGGGCGCGGCGGCUCAGCAGGAAGGGCAACAAGCACUCCAGCAAGACGGCCGAGUGGAUCAGCCAGCAGCGCCUCAGCCUGUACCGCCGCUCCGAGCGCCAGGAGCUCUCCGAGCUCGUCAAGAACCGCAUGAAGCACCUGGGCCUGCCCACCACCGGGUACGAGGAUGUAGCAAAUUUAACAGCCAGUGAUGUGAUGAAUCGGGUAAACCUGGGAUAUUUGCAAGAUGAGAUGAACGACCACCAGAACACCUUGUCCUACGUCCUGAUCAAUCCCCCCCCGGACACGCGGCUGGAGCUCAACGACAUCGUGUACCUGAUCCGCUCUGACCCUCUGGCCCACGUGGCCAACGACGGCCACAGCCGCAAGAGCAGCUGCAGCAACAAGCUGGGCUCGGGCAACCCCGAGACGCGCGACGAGACCCAGCUGUGAGCGCUGCCAGGGCGGGCAAGGACGGCCCGGCCG